CCCCCACCUCCGACACGUCCAUCCGAGAUGGGUUGCGGAGGAAGCAAACCCGUGGCGCCGCCGGUGCUGUUCUUCCCCGAUCCCGGGAUGCCGUGCCGCGCGGUCAUGAACGGCCAGCAGUGCCGUCGCGGCGCGAAGUGCACGUACUCGCACCAGAAGACGUCGCUCGUCAAAUUCCUCGACGAGCUCUACGCCGCGAGGAAGACGUUAGACGUGUGCGUGUUCACGAUCACGUGCAACGAGAUCGCUGAGGCGAUCAUCGCCGCGAAGAAGCGAGGCGUGAAGGUGCGCGUCAUCACGGACGACGAGCAGGCGAAGUGCACGGGCUCGGACGUGUACCAGAUCGCGAGCGAGGGCAUCGAAACGCGGACGGACAGCGACCCGAUCACGCACAUGCAUCACAAGUUCGCGAUCAUCGACAAGAAGACGUUACUGAACGGGUCGUUCAACUGGACGCGGCAGGCCGUGCUCGGGAACCGCGAGAACGUCAUCAUCAUGCGGAACCCGGCGCUGUGCGACGUCUUCACGAAGGAGUUCAACGCGCAGUGGAAGCUGUUCGAGAAGAACAAAGUGCCGAAGAACAUGCACCAAGGCGGGGGCGGGGGGCAGCAGAGGAACAGGGUGUGAGGAUCACGCCGUGCCAUCAUUAUUAAUGGGUGUUGUUGUACGUUUUUCUAACACAUGCUACGUGAUGUACAGUUU